CUGGUUGAUUGGGAGCAAUCACUAUGUCAUGGUCUAUUUUGUUCUCAGUGUAUAGAGGAAACAAUCUGUAACUGUACAUGCUUAUUGAUACAGCUACUGAAUAUAGACAUGGAUGAUGGCCUUGAGCUUAGUUUGGGCCUCUCUUUAGGUGGGUCAUCAGGAAAAUCUAAGGCUAGAGAAUCUCCUCUAGAACCUAAAGCAGAGCCUCAAGUGGAAGAAAGCAGUAGCAAAGGUGGUUCACAAACUCCUGAGGCUCCUUUUGUUCAUUACUAUCAAACAAAUACUGAGAACCAAGAACACAGUAGCAAGCAGAGACACAGUCCUGCUGCACCACCAUUUGGGAAGUUCUGGGGACAACCAGGGAGUUCUUCUGUUCCUGCGGCAGAUGGAUCCAGUGAACCAAACCGUCAAUCGCAGCUCCCGAGGUAUCAGGAGGGUUGGAUUUCAAAUAACACUGGAAAUAAUUCUGAUGAACAGAAGCCAGUCUCUAGUAAACGUAAAUUGCUUUCUGAGGAGAUCAGUUUCCAGAAGAAACCUAAUACAGCCACUGAGCAGCCGGAUGCAUUCAGUAAGAGCUCUGAUGGAGUUGUAAAAAAUACUCCUAUUUCGAUAAGCACGGAUGAUGGUUCAACAGGUGAAAACGAGGAUGUUGCAGAAUCAGAAGCAGAAGGUUCAAACUCUUGGUUGGUUGCACAGCGUGAAGACAGUGCUAAGGGCUCUGUUGUCAAUAGAGGAUCUGAUAGAAAACGAUCCAGUGAUGAUGCAACAGUUGGUUUUCAAGGAAAGAGGCAGCCAAGUUUCUCAGGAAGCGAAUCCAGCUCUGGAAAAUUGCCACAAGGAAAUCCUUUGUCAUUGCAAGCAUCAAAUGCUGUUGCUGUUCCAUAUCAAGUCCCAGCUCAUGUUUCAGCUCCUCCUGGCAUUACCAAUGCAUCAAAUUUCCCUCCAGUAUGUACGGUGCAGUUGAGGCCACCUACAAACAAUGGACUAGCUGUUACAAUGAGCGGUACCUCCCAGGUGGCUUUUGGUUAUCCAGCUGUCCAGCUACCAACACUUGAAACAAGCUCUUCAUGGGCUUUUGGUGCUCCACCUCAGGCUAUGUCCUCGUUUACUGCACAAGACAAACUUGAACGAGCAGGAACCAUGCAAGCUGACGAUGGCAAGAAAACUCAAGAGGCUGGUGCUUCCUCUUCUGCCCUUGUGGAGGAUGACAAGAUGUCUGAUAGGGCAUUACCUCUCAUGGGUUCUGCUAUAAGACCAGGCAUCGCACCAAAUGUCAAAUUUGGAGGAUCUGGAUCAUGUCCUGACCUUCCCUGGGUUUCUACCACUGGGACUGGACCAAAUGGCAGAACCAUAUCAGGUGUAACAUAUAAGUUCGGCAGAAACGAAGUGAAGAUAGUUUGUGCUUGCCAUGGUACCCACAUGACGGCGGAGGAGUUUAUGCGGCACGCAAGUGCAGAUGCUCCGGCCCAAGAAAAUACUGCAACUUUGCCGGCAUUUCCUGUUGGGAACCAAGCAGCCUCAGCACAAAACUAAUUCACCGAUCUGAAUGAAGGUUUCAAUGAGUGCUGGGCUAAUACUACUUGCUCCCUUUGUGUCUAUAUCCUCCAUUCAUUAUACUAUUAUAUACUAUUAUGUUUUGUUGCCCAUAUGGUAUUUAUCUUGUAAGUGUAGACACUUGUCCUGUUUUAUGCUUGAUGUGGAGGAUAAAUUUGUUUUACUUUUAGGAAGAUCAAACAAGCUUGGAGCUACAAUAACCUGAAUUCCAAUGUAGCCAUAUCAAGUCAUUGGGGGAUGUUUUACGUAUUGGUGGUGUCGUUGAAUAAAAUACGGCAUAUUUUGAAAUA